AUGGGGCCGCAUUCGGUGUAUGAGCCGUUUGACCGUGUGUGGGUGAGGAUGGAGGGGUACGACUGGUGGCCCGCCCGCAUCGUCAGUGACGAUGAACUCCACGCAAACGGCCAGAGCCGUGCAGAAGGCUGCGACAUCACCGUUUACUUUUACGAGGGCACCACAACACCGGCAAGUCUAGAACACUUCCACAGCGCCAGCACAAACAUCACAUUUUUUGAGACAUCCUCAGAGAAGGCUGUCACAGGGGAUGCCGACCUACUCGCGGCGAUACGUCGGGCAGAAGCGGACGAGACAGCGAAUCCACUUAAGUACGAAUUUGCAGCAGCGGAUCGCAGUGGCGCAAAUAAAGUGGGCGACGGGGCGGCAACUGCAGCAAUGGUAGCAACGGCGGCCUCUGCUUCAGCCACAGAGGCCAUGCGGCGCGGUGCUAGCAAUACGGCGGCUAACCAGCGUCCCGUCAGCAAGCGCACCCGCGACACGGAUUCAGAGGAACGACACGGAGUCGCAUCCGAAUUGAAUUUGCUAUCCGACGAGAAACUUAUUGAAAUUGCCGGGCGGAUCAACGAGGCGGUGUCAGCCUGCGAUCUCCCUUCCUUGCGCAUUGAACUGUGUGAUUUAGACACCGUCAACGUCACGGUGCGGCAGCUGGAGACGACAAAAAUUGGCGUGGCAGUGGGCAGUAUUUUGGGUAAAAAGGCACUGGAGAAGUUAUGGCCGUUAUCGCGGGCCAUUAUUUCGGCAUGGGCGCGGGCCAUGCCCGUUGAGACUAUAGAAGCUAUCAAGAGGCAUCAACAGUAUCGACUCGGAAAACGACAGGAUGAUGCCAACAAUACCAACACGAUGGAGUUGGCCUUGCUGAGCCCUUUGGUGGCUGGUGCACCAUCCUUUGCUGAGGUGAACAACGCUUCCAGUGUGCCGGUGUUAAAGCCGCUGGAGAAUGGCGAGCGCGUGCGGACGCGAUUUGUCCACCGUGUACGGAAGCUGCUAGACAAUCCCACCGACCCACCCAUUUCCAACGUCACCCUCGAUGACCUGGACGCCGUUGCCGAGGAGAUCUGUCGCGAUGUGGUGGAGCCAGAGGACCGAAAGCAUUUGCAGGAGCAGCUUGAGAAGCCGGGCAUGGCGCAUCUGCGGCGGAAUUUGGCGACGCGCGCGUUGAGUGGGAAAGACUUUUUGAAGCUUCCCCGUUCCGCCCUCAUGACAGAUGAUGAGAAGCAGAUGGAAGAGGCUCGCAUUACAAAGAUGAUUGAUGACCAGGAGAAGUUAAAACUUGUGAACGUCGCCGUCACAAGUCUUUUCAAGUGUCCCAACUGUGGAAAGAGGCGGUGCUCCUACCACGAACAGCAGACGAGGUCAGCUGAUGAGCCCACGACGAAAUUUGUGACUUGCCUUGAGUGCAAGUACACAUGGACGACAGAGUAA